CAAGUCCUACAGCACCAGCUCGCCCAUCAACAUCGUCGUGUCCUCGGCCGGCCUGUCCCCGCUGCGCGUGACCUCGCCCCCCACCGUGCAGUCCGCCCUGUCCUCCUCGCCCAUCCACCAGCUCAGCUCCACCAUCGGCACCUACGCCACCCUGUCGCCCACCAAGCGCCUGGUGCACGCGUCCGAGCCGUACGGCAAGCACUCGCAGGAGCUGUACGCCACCGCCACCCUCCAGAGGCCGGGCAGCCUGGCAGCUGGGUCCCGAGCCUCCUACAGCAGCCAGCAUGGACACCUGGGCCCCGAGUUGCGGGCCCUGCAGUCCCCGGAGCACCACAUAGACCCCAUCUAUGAAGACCGAGUCUACCAGAAGCCCCCUAUGAGGAGCCUCAGCCAGAGCCAGGGAGACCCUCUGCCGCCAGCACACACCGGCACCUACCGCACGAGCACAGCCCCCUCUUCUCCUGGUGUCGACUCCGUCCCCUUGCAGCGCACAGGAAGCCAGCAUGGGCCACAGAGCGCAGCCACAGCCACCUUCCAGCGGGCCAGCUACGCCGCGGGCCCGGCUUCCAACUACGCUGACCCCUACCGACAGCUGCAGUAUUGUCCCUCUGUGGAGUCUCCAUACAGCAAGUCCGGCCCUGCCCUCCCGCCCGAAGGCACCUUGGCCAGGUCCCCGUCCAUCGACAGCAUUCAGAAAGAUCCCAGAGAAUUUGGAUGGAGAGACCCGGAACUGCCCGAAGUGAUCCAGAUGUUGCAACAUCAGUUUCCGUCUGUCCAGUCCAAUGCUGCAGCCUAUCUACAGCACCUCUGUUUUGGAGACAACAAAAUUAAAGCUGAGAUAAGGAGACAAGGAGGCAUCCAGCUCCUGGUGGACCUGCUGGAUCACCGGAUGACCGAAGUUCACCGUAGUGCCUGCGGAGCUCUGCGGAAUUUGGUGUACGGGAAGGCCAAUGAUGAUAACAAAAUUGCUCUGAAGAACUGCGGUGGCAUUCCAGCGCUGGUGAGGCUGCUUCGCAAGACCACGGACCUUGAGAUCCGGGAGCUGGUCACAGGAGUCCUCUGGAACCUCUCAUCCUGUGAUGCCCUCAAAAUGCCAAUCAUCCAGGAUGCCCUGGCAGUGUUGACCAAUGCGGUGAUCAUCCCGCACUCUGGCUGGGAGAAUUCCCCUCUUCAGGAUGAUCGGAAAAUACAGCUGCAUUCAUCACAGGUGCUGCGCAAUGCCACUGGGUGCCUAAGGAAUGUGAGUUCAGCCGGAGAAGAGGCCCGACGGCGGAUGCGGGAGUGUGAGGGGCUGACCGAUGCCUUGCUGUAUGUGAUUCAGUCUGCGCUGGGGAGCAGUGAGAUCGAUAGCAAGACCGUUGAAAACUGUGUGUGCAUCUUAAGGAACCUCUCCUACCGGCUGGCGGCAGAGACGUCUCAGGGACAGCACAUGGGCACGGAUGAGCUGGAUGGGCUGCUCUGCGGCGAGGCCAACGGCAAGGACGCCGAGAGCUCCGGCUGCUGGGGCAAGAAGAAGAAGAAGAAGAAGUCCCAGGAUCAGUGGGAUGGAGUAGGACCUCUUCCCGACUGCGCGGAACCUCCCAAGGGGAUCCAGAUGCUGUGGCACCCAUCCAUAGUCAAACCCUACCUCACACUGCUCUCUGAGUGCUCAAAUCCAGACACGCUGGAAGGGGCGGCAGGCGCCCUGCAGAACCUGGCUGCGGGGAGCUGGAAGUGGUCAGUAUAUAUCCGAGCUGCUGUCCGAAAGGAAAAAGGCCUGCCUAUUCUUGUGGAGCUGCUCCGGAUAGAUAAUGACCGUGUGGUAUGUGCAGUGGCCACAGCACUCCGGAACAUGGCCUUGGACGUCAGAAAUAAGGAACUCAUAGGUAAAUACGCCAUGCGAGACCUGGUGCACAGGCUCCCAGGCGGGAACAACAGCAACAACGCAGCGAGCAAGGCCAUGUCGGAUGACACCGUGACAGCUGUUUGUUGCACCCUGCACGAAGUGAUCACCAAGAACAUGGAGAACGCCAAAGCCUUACGCGAUGCCGGCGGCAUCGAGAAGUUGGUGGGCAUUUCCAAAAGCAAAGGAGAUAAACACUCUCCAAAAGUGGUCAAGGCUGCAUCUCAGGUCCUAAACAGCAUGUGGCAGUACCGAGAUCUGAGGAGCCUAUACAAGAAGGAUGGAUGGUCACAGUAUCACUUUGUAGCCUCAUCUUCAACCAUCGAGAGGGAUCGGCAAAGGCCCUACUCCUCCUCCCGCACACCCUCCAUCUCCCCUGUGCGCGUGUCUCCCAACAACCGCUCAGCAAGUGCCCCAGCUUCACCUCGGGAAAUGAUCAGCCUCAAAGAAAGGAAAACAGACUAUGAGUCCACCGGCAGCAGUGCCACUUACCACGGAACUAAAGGCGAACACACAUCCAGGAAAGAUACCAUGACAGCUCAGAACACUGGUAUUUCAACUUUGUAUAGGAAUUCCUAUGGUGCACCCGCUGAAGACAUCAAACACAACCAGGUUUCAGCACAGCCCGCCCCCCAGGAGCCCAGCAGGAAAGACUACGAGACCUACCAGCCAUUUCAGAAUUCCACGAGAAACUACGACGAGUCUUUCUUCGAGGACCAGGUCCACCACCGCCCCCCGGCCAGCGAGUACACCAUGCACCUGGGCCUCAAGUCCACCGGCAACUACGUAGACUUCUACUCCGCCGCCCGCCCCUACAGCGAACUGAACUAUGAAACGAGCCACUACCCGGCCUCGCCCGACUCGUGGGUGUGAGGCCAGGCGGCAGGAGGCGCUGCGGAACAGUGCAUGUGCAUGCAUACCACAACACACUUCUGUUUCUUUUCUUCUUUCCCUGCCACUUUAGUUUUUCAAGCCUGUUCCGUAGGAAGGCUGUGAUAACCAAUAAGGAGAUAGCCAGAGCUAUUUUAGAAAGCUAAACUGAAUGGAAGGCUAACUUGGAAAUCGGUAGAACGAACGCUAAGGCAAUCCUAAAUAGGGCAGUGUCCCUGCACCGACCUAGUGUGAGCUUAGAGUCUUACAAGUGCUUUAUUCUGGAGGUGGAGGAGGAAGGAGAGAGGGGGGAGGGAGGGGAGGGGGCCUGGGGGCGGUGGCCAAGCACAGGGCAGACGAGGUUCCACACUUGAUGGGGGACGGCUUCGCACACUUUCUUUACUCCCUUCAUCCGUGUGACUCUAGGCUACAAGCUGCAUCGGGUUCCUCUGUACAGCAAGAUGUUCUCUUGCCUUUUGUUAAAGCAUUGUUGUAAAGUAUUUGAUGUACAUUACAGAUUAAAAGAAGAAAAAAGUGCAUUGUGUAUAUUACACCAAUGCUACCCUGUUCCCUCAUCUAUGGUUCUAAAUAUUGCUUCAAUUUCAGACUUUUGAAAGAUGUAUGGAUUUCCAGGUUUUUUUCCUUUUCUUUUCUUUCUCCCAGUAUGUUUUAACAAAAAUGAAAAGCAAAAAAAAAAAAA